AUGACGGAUCCCCGAAAAGAGUAUAUUGUCCAGUGCAUCAUCAGCGUGCUGAACAUUCCACGCAACGAAUUCCGAAGCAACACAACUUCCAAUACUGCUUUGGAAAAAUUUCUGGAUCAUCCAAACGAGAAGAUCCUCCAGGCCAUUGAGAACGAUUCAGGGGACACAUCCAAGCGGACUGUGACGUUCCAGCUUGGCUUCUCCAGCUAUGCGGAGGGACUGCCAGAGAUGCACUUCGUGAAGACCUCUUAUGAGCCCUUGACAGAGGCAAACAUCUCUAGGCUCGUAAUGGUGUCGUCACUCAGAAUGUCUGCUGUCCGCAGCCUGUACUACAAUGUGCAUGAAGUUUACAUGCCACUCUUGGUGGAGACCAAGGAAGGAACUGAUGGGCUUGAAGGCCGUCUGACAGACAGCUUGGUGGAGCUGGAUGCUGGCCUGAAGGCAUCUCUUCGCCGUGGACUCCGAAGUCGGAAUGCUGGCGAGUUUGAUGACAACGAUAUGUCAGGGAUCGUCACGCCAGUGGAUGAGGUUCACUUCUGGGAAGAAUUAAAGAAUGCUACCGGCGUAGGCGAUGCUGCAGUAGACCGCGCCAGCAAGUUCUCAGAUGCCCUUGCGCCCAUUGCAUCCGACUUGGAUGAUUUAACGAAGAAGACGUUUCCCCAAUUGCUUGAACUUGUUGAGACCCUCAUGGACUCACUGGAUUCCUUAUGGCAGUGUGACGUGGCGCCUCAAUAUCCAGCAGCGAGGAUGCUUCACUUCUUGAAAGUGAUUGCCGGUGCUCUUGGUCGGUGUGUGCAAUCCAGAUUGAACAGUCUGAACGUGUGGACAUCAUCCUUCUCCCAGGUGUCCAAGCACAUCCGAGAAGGGCACAAAGUUUGUGAGCGCUGGAACGAGGUCACCGUGGAUCUGACGGAUGUACAAUGGAGGUCAAGCGACAAUAGAUGGGAAGGUGAAGCCUACAAGGAUCCCUUCCUCACGAAUCUUGCUGGUCGGAUCCAAGAGGUUAGUCAACUGCGCGGGCAGCACGACCAAAUCCUGAAGCUCCUCAGCGAGGAUGAGCUCAAAGCGAUGCAAAUUGAGAGUUGCUUCGAACCCUUCUUGAAGUUGUCUGCCUUCAGCUACAACGACUACACCGUGCCAGCCUGGCGAACUGCCCUUGCAGAAUACGAAGCGCGAAUGGCACCGGUGGAAGCUCAAGUUGCAGAACGUCUCCGUGCAGAGCUCUUCACCAAUACAUCCAAUCCAGCCCAAACUGUACGAGUCUUCCAAAGAUACCAAGAUCUUCUGGAACGCCGCAACAUCCGGCAGUCCUUGACCAAUGAACGUGAGAGGCUGCUUACAGAGUUAGACGACUUUCUCGGCCGAGUUCAGGCAGAGCUUGAGACUUUUGAUUCCAGUAACUUGCCAGCUGGUCGUGGCCUUAGUUUGCAUGCACGGAAGAUGGUUUGGGUAGAGCAGCUGCGGAGCAAAGCGGAUCUGGCAGCUCGGCCGCUCGCCGGUUUCUUGAAGGAUUUGCACUCGGCAGGCAAGGUUGGCAACACCUAUAAAAAGGUCCGUGCAGAAUUGAAGGAGUUUCGAAACAGAGCCUACAAAGAUUGGUGCGAUGAAGUGGAGUCGCAACUGAAGGAUCCUGAGGAUCCCAUUGCUCUUGAAAUGAACAGCCGCGUGAUGGACUUUGACACCGCACAGCAGGGAGCAUUGAAAAUCACAUACUCCGAGCGACUGAUAGAGCUUGUGAAGGAGGCACGGAUCUUUGAGCAGUUGGGCUGCAACGUGCCGAACAAAGUCAAGCUGGCAGUGCAGGAUGGUCUGAAGUUCUAUCGCUUUGCCGUGCAGCUAAAGCAAGUCUGCAACUUCUACAACACACUUUCGGCAGAACUGCUCCCCUCGCAAAAGCUGAUGGUCCUACAGCCAGCUCUUGCCUUUGAGCAGCUCUUCAAUGAGAAGAGCGGAAUGAAGAAAGUCCAGUGGAACAAGUUUGACCAGUUGGAGACAUUCACCCGAAACGUCAAAGACGGUGCAGAGCGCCUACGAGCCGUCAACCGGCGCCUUCGAAACGGCCACACCCAAGUUUCGCAGGAAGUUGUGCAGUUGGCAAACAUCAGCUUGCUACGUCAGCGCGACCAGUGGAAGCAGAAACUGGCACAGAUUCAGAAGGCCAUCGAUGCCACCAUUGGAGCUUGUGGGUGCCAAAUUCCAGAUGCAAAGCCAUGGAAGGCUCACUGGGAUUUCCAGAUAUUCAAAAUCAUGGAAGUUCAGUACAGGUUCGGCUUGGAAAGUCUCAACGAAAACUUGCCGGAGAUGAAGGCGGAUUUGAUCCUGGCCCAGAAACAGCUGAAACUUAAGCCACCUUUGGAGGAGUUAAAGUCUUUGUACUUCAAGGAGAUAAAGUCCUUCAUAUCACUGCCACUUCAAUUUAAAGGCCUGGAUGGUGCUCCACAUGUGUAUAAGGCAAUGCCCGAUCGCAAUGCAGAGGGCAUCGCAGUCGUUUUCCAGAAGGCAGAUGGGCUGUUCCAGCGAGUGCAGCAGCUCCAGAACUCGUUUUCGCCAUGGCUUGUGGUGGGGUUGAUGCCUGAGCGAGUCCAAGAGCUCGUGGAAGAGCUGACGGACCCGAAGGACUGGGACCUCAACUUCAGAGCCAUCAAGGCGAAGCGGAAGGAGAUGGACAAGAUUCCAGACACCGUGAAGAUAGACUGCUUCACAAUCAGCACAGUGGUGCUCAAGUCUGUGAUUGAAGAUCAACUUGAGCGCUUGAGCGAUGCAUUGGUCAUUGCACUGCGGCGCAAGGCAUCUGACGAGGCCAAAAGUGUGAUGCAGUUUUUAGAGCAAGCCUUGGAGAAGCUAAAUGUCCGUCCGGACACGGUGCAAGAACUUGGCAAAGCCCAAGCCGAUGCGGCGAUUUUGAUGGAGGAACAGUCAACUUGGAAGAAGCAACUCGAUCAGGCUGAGGAGAAGAACAAGCUUCUUAAAACAGUUGGCACAGGCAUUGACAUGAGUGAAGUGCAGAACAAGUGGGAAGAUUUCCUCAUUCGCUUAGAGGCCUUUGAGCAGCUGGCAAAUGACUUGCGCGAAGAGUUGCGAGGCAAGAUGGACCAGCGCAUUGCCCAGAUGAACAGCGACAUUGACAAAUUUGCUUCCCGCUGGCAGUCGUUAAAGCCGAAGACGGCAGAUGACUGCUCGAUUGAGGAGGCAAAGAAGAAUGCGCAACAGAUGCAGGAAUGGCAAUCAGAGUGGCAAGCCCUGAGGGAACAAAUGACAGUGUUGCAGGGCGACUGUGCGGACUUCGGGCUGCCCCCGCCUGAACUGCAAAACAUCACAGAUGUGGAGGAGGACUUGAACCGGCAGCAAGCCAGCUGGAGCCUCUUCGAGGAGUUUACAACACAGUACGAGGAGUUGCUCCUGCAGACUUGGCUUGAAUUGAGACCCCGGCUCUUCAGUCUUCAGGAUUUGGCACACAACUGGCUGGCACGACUCCGAGAAGUUCCCAGGGAUCCCGUGACGCACAUGCUGUCGCAACAGGUGCAGAGGCUCAAUGCCGCGCAUCCGGCCCUGAAGGCGAUGACGGGCGAGCCUUUCGAGAAGGAUCAUUGGAAGAUUCUCUUUGGGCUGUUGAAACUGCCUGCCGACACCAAGCUCGAGGCUCUCACUUUUCGCGUGCUGGCCGAAAGGCUGGACAUCAUCGUGGAAAAGGUGGACGAGCUCAAAGAAUUAACCGCUCGUGCCAUAGGAGAAGUCACAAUCCGAGAUGCCGUCAUGGAGGUGUCCGCUUGGUUCGAACAGGCCGAAUUCAAUUUCAUGGAUCAUGCUGUCAGGGGAGGAUUCGUCCCGCUGAUAAAGGAUUGGAAAGACUUGAUGUCAGAAGUGUCGGAGAAACAAAACCUCUGCGGCUCUUUGAAGGACUCGAGAUUUUUUGGGCCCUUCAAAGAUCAAGUCGACAAGUUUGAGGAGAAGCUAACCCUGCUGGACGAGCUGCUGCUGUGCAUGAACAAAGUCCAGCGGAAGUGGGUCUACUUGGAGCCAAUUUUCGGUCGAGGCUCCUUGCCUCGGGAGAAGGAGCGCUUCGACAAAGUGAAUGGCCAGUAUCGGCAGAUCAUGAAAAAUGUGGGUGCCGCCAAGAAGGUGAACUAUCUCUGCACGGUCCGAGGCUUGAAGGAGCAGUUCGUGACACUUUCUGACCAGUUGGAGCGGUGCCAGAAGGCUUUAAACAGCUUCCUGGAAGAAAAGCGUUCAGCUUUCCCGCGCCUCUACUUUAUUGGAGAUGAAGACUUGCUCGAGAUCCUCGGUCAAUCAAGCAACCCUGAAGUUAUCCAAGCCCAUCUGAAGAAGCUCUUCGCUGGCAUCGCAACAGUGGACUUUGAUCCGAACAUAACACGUAUCGUUGCCAUGAACAGCUCUCUGAAGGAAAAUGUGCCACUUGGGAAUGCAGUUGUUGUCCGAGAGGGUGAGGAUCCUUUACCGGUUGAAGAGUGGUUGUCCAACCUCUCCAACGAGAUGUUUUCCACACUUGCAGUGCAGCUGCAGGGAUGCUAUGCCCAGUCCGAAAUGGACAUGCAGCAGUUCGAAAAGUACCCGUCGCAAUUGUUGUGCCUGAGUGCAAACAUCCAUUUCACCCACAACAUUGAAAGGUACAUGAGCAACGGGCAACUGCUCCAACUCAAGGGGGACUUGCAAAGCCAGCUGACCUCCAUGACAUCUCUUUCUUUGGACGGGGCCUUGCCACAGGCGAAAUUGAAAGCCCUGAUCUUGGAUCUGAUCCACAACAUCUCCGUCCUAGAGGAUUUGCUGGUGCACAAAGUACAGAAGGUGUCCGAGUGGAGCUGGUACAGACAGCUUCGCUACUACCUGAAGCAAGGAGCUGGCCCGGAACAGAAGCCCUGCAGCGUUCGCAUGCUUGAGUGUGAGCAGAGCUACUCCUUUGAAUACCAGGGGAACGCCCCGAAGCUUGUGCACACACCACUCACGGACAAAUGCUACUUGACGCUGAUGCAUGGCCUGCAUCUUGGAUACGGCGGAAAUCCAUACGGCCCUGCUGGAACUGGCAAGACAGAGUCAGUGAAGGCCCUCGGCUCCUGUUUGGGACGACAGGUCCUAGUGUUCAACUGCGAUGAGGGAAUCGACUUUCAAGCUAUGGGCCGAAUCUUCGUUGGCUUGGUCCGCUGUGGCGCAUGGGGCUGCUUCGAUGAAUUCAACCGCUUGCUGGAGGAGCAGAUGUCGGCCAUCUCCCAGUCAGUGCAGUUGAUCCAGGCAGCCAUCAAGAACAGUCACAGCACCGUUCACUUGCUUAAUCGCGAUGUGCCCGUCAAUCACAACGCUGGGAUUUUCAUUACGUUGAAUCCCGCUACGAAAGGCUAUGGCGGCCGACAGAAGCUGCCAGACAACCUCAAGCAGCUCUUUCGCCCUGUGGCCAUGAGCGUGCCCGACAACGAGCUGAUCGCAGAGGUCAUGAUGUUUGCGGAAGGGUUCAUGAGCGCAAAGGUGUUGGCACAGAAGAUUGUUGCUUUGUUCCUUCUGUCACGGCAGCUACUGUCGUCACAGCAGCAUUACGACUGGGGCCUUCGAGCCCUGAAGCCGAUCCUGACUCUGGCUGGCCGACUCCUACAAGAGACGAAAGCUGAGCAAGCAGAGCCGCUUCGAGAAGAUGAGGAAUCUGUGAUUUUGUUGAAGGCAGUCAGGAUGAAUACGCUCUCAAAGCUGACUUUCGCAGAUUCAAAGCGAUUUCAGGAUUUGUGUGUGGACUUAUUUCCUGGAGUUAAUGUGAAAGACAUCGAGUAUAAGGAGCUCGAGGCAGUGAUUCGCGAAACGAUGCGUGAGAUGAGGCUUGCAGAAAUCGAUUCACAGAUCUACAAGAUGCUGCAGUUUCAUGAAGCAUGUCAACAGCGCAUGGGUGUGGGCAUUGUUGGGCCUUCAGGCUGUGGCAAGAGCACAAUUUGGAAGGUACUUGAGGCCGCCUACAAGAAACAGGGAAAGAAGUAUGUCGUGCAUGUGAUGAACCCUAAGUCGAUGCACAGGAUUCGCUUACUUGGCCACAUGGACCACGACACACGUGAAUGGUUUGAUGGCGUCCUCACCGCCAGUGCAAGGAAAGUCAUCAAAGAGCCAUCGACAACCCACAAUUGGAUCGUGUGCGACGGCGACAUCGAUCCUGAAUGGAUAGAAUCGCUGAACAGCGUUUUGGAUGACAACAAGCUUCUGACAAUGCCCAACGGAGAGCGCAUCCAGUUUGGAUCGAAUGUGAAUUUCGUUUUCGAAACUGAUCAUUUGCGGUUUGCAUCUCCUGCCACGAUCAGCCGCUUGACGAUGAUCUUCCUUUCUGAAGAAGAUGUCGAUGUCAAACCUCUUGUAACUUCUUGGAUCCUGAAGCAGCCAGAAGAGCAGCAGGGCCAGCUUGAGAGUUGGUUCGACGAGCUCUUCUACAGGGCUUUGGACUGGCUGUACAAGGGUCCCCGUGAGAUGGCGAUCGAAACAACUCGGAUGGGCAUGGUCAGCAAUGUUCUCGGUCAUCUCAGCAAGGCCGAGGGUGAGGCUGCUGUGACCGUGCACGAUGAAAGCCCAGGAAUUUCCAAGCAGAGCUUUUUGCUCGCGAUAUGUCGUGGACUGGGAGGCAACCUGUCAGAAGAUGAUCGUGCUGCACUGACGCGUGAGGCUUUCAAAUGGUCGAACGAGAACAUUCCGGAUCCAAGCCAGCCACUUCACUGCCAGGUCGUCGAGUCCUUGAUCGUUGGUUACCAGGUUUCUGCAGGCACCGAAAUUUCUCUCGAGGACGUUAAGCGGGCUGCAGUGUUGCCUCCAUUGGUUCCAACCGCCACGGUGUUGCGCAACAUGGAUCUUUUCUCGACUUGGCUAGCUCAGGAACAGCCUUUCCUUGUCAGUGGUCCGGAGGGUGCUGGCAAGAACUUGCUGAUCCGUCACGCCAUUCACCGCCUGCAGAACGAGUCGGAUGCUGCUUUGAAUGUCGCAGUCUUAAACUGCAAUGCACAAACAUCGUCCAAAGAUGUACUGCAGAAGUUACGUCAGUUCUGCGCGAUCUCCACCGGCACCACGGGUCGGAUCUACAGGCCACGGGAAGGCAGGCGCCUGGUAUUGUAUCUGAAGGAUAUUAACUUGCCCACACCGGAUAAGUACGACACUUCUGAAAUCAUCAUGUUCUUGCAGCAGGCGGUGAUGCACAAGGGCUUUUAUGAUGAUGACUUGGAGUUUGUGUUGCUGGAGCAUAUUCAAAUAGUAGCUUCUAUUGCACCAGCCAGCACACUCGGUCGUCACCGUCUAGCGACGCGCUUCACGGCAAAUGUCAGAGUUUGCUCAAUUUCAUACCCGAGCUCAGAGGAGCUGGUCGAGGUCUACACGCAUUUUCUGCGUGCAACUUUCACAUCACCGGACUGGCAGAAUGUGGCCGAUCGAAGCCAUGGCUUGUGCGAGAAGCUGGCAGAGGCAAUGGUUGACAUUUACGCCAGCAUGAAAGCCAAGUUUACCAUGGAUGAUCACGAGCACUAUUUGUUCAACCCCAGAGACUUGACACAAUGGGUGCUUCAGCUGCUGAGGUACGAAGUGAUGUCCGUCGAGAGUCUUGUAGAGGCCUGGGCGUAUGAAGCCACCCGAAUCUUCCGUGACAGACUCGUGGGCGAUGAAGCCAAAUCACAUUUUGAUGCGUUGCUCAGAAAUGCGCUGAUACAGUAUGUCGGUGUGGACGUGGAGGUGGAUAAGCUGAUGUUCACGGCGAUGCUCACUCUGAAUGAGGAAGGAGUGCCCAGUGGUGACAUGAAGAAGGUCUCGCCUGAAGACUACACGAAGAUGGUCAAAGAUGGCUUGAAGUCCUAUCAGCGUGAGGUUAAGGAUUUGGAAAUUGAACUCGUGCCAGAGGUUCUUGAGCAACUCAGUUGGAUGGAUCGUGCACUUGCCGCACCCGUUGCGAAUGAUCUCUUGGUCGUGGGACGCUCCGGGGGUGGCAAGCGCUCCGUGAUCUCCCUGUUGGCCCACAUGCAUCGCUUGGCGGUGUUCAGCCCUGCGCCUGCACGGCGUUAUGGUGACAAGGAGUGGAAGCGGGACCUGAAGGCGGUGAUGCAGAUGACGGGCGUAGAGAAGCAGCACACGAUUCUGUUCUUGGAAGACCAUCACUUGCUAAAAUCUGAGUUCCUGGAAUCAAUCAACUCUUUGCUUAGUGCAGGUGACGUUCCUGGUAUUUGGACACCCGAGGAGCUGGAACCAUUGUUAGCACCCCUGAAGGAGGAAUGGGCUGCAUCUCAGGGCAGGGGAGGUGGCGCAAGGACACCGUUCGAGUAUUUCUGCAACCAAGUGCAACAGCGCCUCCAUAUCGUGCUCUCCAUGGAUCCGAAUCACCCCCACUUCUUGCCGUAUUGCGCCGCAAAUCCGGCCUUGUUCUCAUGCACGACGGUUCUUUGGUUGGAUGAAUGGUCUGAGCAGAGCAAGACGAUCAUCGCACAAAGAAUUCUGGGCGAGAUGUUGUCUCAGAAAAACCUGGGAUCCCUGUUGCAGGACAUCCAUGCCACUCAAGCUAAGGCUUCUCCGAGGCAUUACAUCACGCUUCUUCAGACUUGCCAUGCCAUGUACUCGAAGAAGAUUUCCACUGCAUCUGGGCAGUCAUCACACCUUCAGAAGGGCUUGUCCAAGCUGCAGGAGGUCAGCCAGACUGUCGAGAGGUUGCAGGAGGACGCCAUUGCGAAGCAGAAGGUGUUGGAAGAGAAGAAGGUAUUGGCUGCCGAAGCCUUGCAGCGCAUCACUGCAGCCAUGCAACAGUCAGCAGAUCGCCGGCAGGAGGUUGAACGCUUGGAGGGGCAAACGCAGCUUGAGCAGGAGAAGAACAGUGCGGAUAAAGCAUCCAUUGAAAAAGAGCUCUCCGAAAUUCAACCCAUCCUCGAUGCAGCAAAGAAGGCCGUCGGCAGCAUCAAGCCGGAACAUCUCAAUGAGAUCCGGGCUCUGAAAAUGCCUCCAGACCCCAUCCAUGAUGUGCUCAACGGGGUGCUUCGCUUGAUGGGGAACUAUGACAACUCUUGGGCUUCGAUGAAGAAGUUCUUGGCAGGUACUGGUGCCAUCCAGCGUAUCAUCAACUUUGAUCCCCGCCAAAUCGAUGAGAAGACGCGUUCGGACGUGGAGAAGCUGCUACGGGAGAAGAGCAACUCGUUUGAUCAUGCAACGAUUUACCGCGUCUCCGUGGCUGCGGCUCCCUUGGCCAAGUGGGUUGUGGCUUGCGUCCGAUAUAGCACCGUCCUGGUAAAGGUUGCGCCUAUGGAGAAAGCCCGUGAUGAUGCAGAAGAAUCUUUGCGGGCUGCGCAUAACAAAUUGGCGAUUUACAAGGAGGAGCUUGUCCAAAUCGACGAAGAUGUCCAACGCCUUCAAGAAGAGUUUGCAGCACGCACCCGUGAAGCCGAAGCCCUUCGUGUUGACUUGGAACGCGCAACUUCCACACUUGAGAAAGCAGAUCACCUCAUGAGCAAGAUGUCUGGGGAGAAGGAUCGUUGGGAAUCGCAGGUGGCCGAAAUCCAGCGAGAUGCUGCUCUACUUUCAACACAUACUUGCCUGUCAGCAGCCUACUGUACCUACCUGGGGCACUUCUCCGAGGAUGUCAGACAACAGGCCAAUUUCCUGUGGACCGAGUCGCGCGGAAUCACAACCUUCGAUUUCUUGCGGAUGAUGUCUUCCGAGAGUGAGCUUCUGACUUGGAAGGCGCAGGGGCUGUCUGCAGACCGUCUCUCACAAGAGAAUGCUGUCAUGAUCAACUCUGGCAUACUCGUUCCUUUCAUCGUCGAUCCCAACAGCCAGGCUCUCGAAUGGCUAAAGCAGACCAAUCCACACGCAGAGAGCGUGUUGCAGCAAGACCCGAAGUUGGUCUCCCAGCUUGAACUGGCAGUGCGAUUUGGAAAGGUUCUCAUCAUACAAGAAGUUGAUGGAAUUGAUAACUACCUGGUGCCACUACUCAGACGAGACAUGAUCCGGCAAGGGCCCAGGCAGGCUGUGCAAAUCAGUGACAAGAUGUGCGACUUUGACGAGAACUUCCGGCUCUUCCUGUGCACAAGGAAUUCAAGCGCGAUCGAGAUGCUGCCCCCCAACACGGCCUGCCUUGUGACGCGCGUGAACUUCACCGUGACGCGUGCUGGACUGGAAGGUCAGUUGUUGGGCGUGACCUUGCAGCACGAAAAGCCCGAGCUUGAACACCGCAAAUCAGAACUCUUGCAGAAGGAAGAAGCUUUGAAGGUAGAGCUUUCUGGUCUUGAGAAGACACUACUAGAGCAACUUGCCGACUCCAGCGGCAACAUUCUUGAGAACGAGCCACUUAUUCAGUCUCUCGAGCAGACAAAGGCUGCUGCCAUCACAAUCUCAGAGUCUUUGACGGAGUCAUCCCGCCUGCAAAUGGACCUUGAUCAGCAGCGUGAGGUGUAUCGUCCGCUUGCCACAUUGGGCUCUCGAAUCUUCAUUCUCGUCAAGGAGCUUUCCGUCAUCGACCACAUGUAUCGAUUCUCUCUGGAGGCCUUCAUGGCUCUAUUCAACAAAGUGCUUAACCUGCAAUUGGGUUCUGAGACGACGGACGACAAGCUGAGGCAGCUGGGAAACCAGUUGAAGAUCGUUGUGCUGUUCUACAUUUCACGCUCACUGUUCAAGGCCGACAGGCUGACGUUUGGCAUUCACAUGGUCCGGGGCAUAAUGCCUGAGAAGUUCGAGGCGAACGAAUGGGAGCUCUUUCAGGGAGUAUACAUUCCGGCCAACCAGCCGCCAGUACCAGCUCCUGGCUGGUGUCCUCAGGACCGAGCACAGGCACUCCAGACUCUGCGUGCGACUUUCCCAAAGAUUGAUGAGCACUGGCAGCUGAACAAAGAUGCGUUGUGGGCUCCUUGGGUGGCGUCUGACAAGUGUGAGGAGACUUUUGACGGGUCCGUCUACUCACGAAUGUCAGCAUUUCAACGGGUUCUUCUUAUACAAGCUGUGCGACCUGACCGGCUUGAGUCUGCUCUGACACAGUUCGCGUGCGAGGCUCUUGGUGUCUCGUCGCUUUCGCCGCCGGCUCUCAGCUUGAAUCGGCUCUACAAGGAGGAGACGAGCAACAAGCUUCCCGUACUCUUCGUGACCACGCCGGGGGCAGACCCUUCUGCGGAGCUUGAAGAGUUUGCAAAGAUGCAUGCCGCCGAAUCUGCGCCCAGCAUGAAUUUCCACCAACUUGCUAUGGGAGGUGGGCAAAAUGACGAUGCGAUCAGGCUCCUGCGUGAUGCUGCAAAUGUUGGUGACUGGGUUUGUUUGAAAAAUCUUCAUUUGGUAAUCAGCUGGGUCCCGCUGCUAGAGAAGGAGUUCAAAAGCUUGCAACCGCACGAGAACUUCCGCUGCUGGCUGACUACCGAAGCGCAUGCUAAAUUCCCAACAAUUUUGUUGGAAACAUCGCUGAAGGUCACCUAUGAGGCACCUCCUGGGGUGAAGAAGAAUGUGCUACGAACGCUUGAAUCUUGGAAUCAUCACUGGUUUGCGCAGGGGAACGACUUGAGGUCCAGGGUGAUUUUCCUUUGUGCCCACUUUCAUGCGAUAAUGCAAGAGCGACGAACUUACAUCCCACAGGGAUGGACAAAAUUCUAUGAGUUUUCCCAGAGUGAUUUGCAGAGCGCGUGCGAGACUGUUUCCCUGCUGGUGAAGUCCGGAGAAGUGUUCAAGCAGUCCAGUCCCGGGGCACUCGGCAUAGACUGGGUGACAUUGAUUGGAGUCCUGGAGCAGGCCGUUUAUGGAAGUCGAGUGGACAACGAGUUCGACUCCCGCUUGGUACGGGAAUACUUGGCAAUGUUUUUCAAGUCCGAAACAUUGGAAGGUGGUUGGCGCAAGGCAGGGCUCGUGGAGAUUCCCCCAUUCGACAUCCCUGUGUCAACCAACAUGGGGGACUUCCGUGCACGCGUGGAGCAGCUUCCUGAUCUUGACAAUCCUGCGUCCUUCGGAAUGGCACCCAAUGCAGACCGUUCGUUGCAGCGCAUCAACUCUGCCAAGGCGAUUUCUCUGCUACGUCAACUGGCCACGAGUGGAGGAGAUGCUGGUGAUGCAGCUGCCGCUGCGGUUGACAUUAAAGUCUGGAAAACACAGCUUGCCCCCUUGUUCACGAUUUGGGACAACAUGAACACGGGUCACCUAAGCAAGCUCAGAGGAGUUGAGAUUCGUGCAGUUCGCCCAGAUGACCCGCCUUCUAUUGCAUUUAUUUUGAUGGAUGCUGCUGAAGCAUCGAGACUGGGAGAGGUUGUUACGGCAGCCUUGUCCACCUUGCAGCGUGUUGUGAAUGGACAGGCCUUGAGUACACCAGACUUGCAAGUGCAAGCCAGGGCUUUGAUUCGGGGAGAAGUGCCGGAAUCUUGGUCGGUGACCUGGCCGUCUGCACCUGAAGACCCUUCGCUGUACCUGCAAGGUUUGGCAAAGCGCAUUGCAUCACUGAAAGGUGAAUGGGUACGACGUGUGCAGUCGCAGACUAUUCUUUCACAGCCCAUUUGCCUGAGUGACUUCCUGCGGCCUGAUGUUUUUCUAAACGCCCUGCGGCAGGAGACCGCAAGGAGGUUGGCCAUCUCCAUCGACAGUCUACACCUAGUUUCCACUUUCGAGCCGCACCUUCUCAGCGAUGAGUCUUCCCCGCUUCCAGUCACAGUACAGGAGCUGAUUCUCGAAGGAUGUGCCUUUGACGAAUCCAAGCGGAUGCUCAUAGAAGGUCAGCGCAACUCCCCGUUGUCUUUCUUGGUAGAUUACAUUCUGCGCGUUGCCAUGGCAGUCCUCAAUGCCGAGGCGUUCAGUCUGGGGGUGGCACCGUUGCCACUUGCCAGGCUUGCCUCAAAGCCUGAGCGUUCACGGCACGAGAUCACGGAUCGAGGCUCAGCAUCACCUCUUACAGCCACCGCGGCCGUCUUGGCAGCAGGUAUCAUGGUCAAGAGGCGAGUGGAGCCUCGGGCAGCGACUGCGAAGAAAGGGCCGCCGAGAGCUGCAGCCUUGCAGGUCCGAGCCGCUGCGGUAGAUGACCGAGUUGAAACGGCGCAGGCUGAUUCCAUGGGACGGGGAAUGGUCAUACCAAUGACAAGGGUGGAGGGCUUGGAGGAGGUGAAGCUUGCUCUAAAGCUGGCUUGUAUCGAUCCCUCACUUGGCGGCGUAGGAAUCUCCGGUGGCCACGGGACUGGAAAAACGACGUUGGCCCGCUCACUACGAGGAGUUCUCCCCAAAAUUGAGGUUGUCACAAACUCGAUUUGCAACUGCGAUCCGAGCAAGCCAUCAGAGUGGGACAGAUUGACUCGCGAACGGCUAGAGCGCGACGACAAGGGUGAUGUGGCGACCAAAGUGAUCGAUUGCCCAUUUAUCGAACUGCCUCUAGGUUGCACCGAAGAUCGUCUGGUUGGCUCAUUGGACGUCCAGGCAUCCAUGGAAGCCGGACGGCCGAUUUUUGAGCCAGGUUUGCUUGCGAAGGCCCAUCGGGGUGUGCUGUACAUCGACGACGUCAACCUUCUUCAGGAUGACCUCGUGAGCUUGCUUCUCACGGCGGUCGAAAGCGGAGUGAACCGAGUUGAGCGAGAGGGCCUUUCGGUGGCUCAUCCUUGUCGCCCGCUCGUUGUGGCUACGUGGAACCCGGAGGAAGGUCCGCUGCGGCCGCAUCUCUUGGAUCGCCUGGCGGUCUCGUUGAACACGGACAUCGACACAGUUUACACCGACCUCGAUGAGCGCGUUAGUGCUGCAAAUGCAGCUCUCGACUUUGCCGAGAGGCCAGCACAAUCACUGGAAGAGAGCAGUGCAGACAUUUCUGCCAUGCAGACACAGCUACUGUUUGCGCGUGAAUUCCUCAAUGAUGUUACAAUCAGUCCGGAUCAGCUCCAGCGCUUGGCAGACGAGGCUAGUCGAGGUGGAUGUGAAGGACACCGCGGGGAAGUCUUUGCCGUCAAAAUUGCCCGAGCGCAUGCUGCUCUGCAGGGUCGCGAUGCCUGCAAUGCCGAAGAUCUAAAGGAGGCAAUCAAGCUUGCGAUUCUGCCACGUAUCCGAGUGCAGGAAGCCAACAUGCAGGAAGAGAUUGAGGAGGAGGAGCCCCCUCCGCCACCGCCCCCACCUCCGCAACCAGAUAUGGAAGAUCCUGAGGAGAUGGAACCUCCUCCACCUCAGGAACAAGAAGAAGAGGACAGAGAGGAAGAGGACGAACCAGAGCAAGACGAGCAAGACGAGGAAGAUCAAGAUCCAGACGUCCCGGAGGAGUUCAUGAUUGACCCAGAAGGCGCCGUGGUCGACCCUGACCUGCUCAAGUUUCAGAGCCAGCAGAAGAAGAGCGGUCGCAGUGGUAAGGGCAACAAGAUCUACUCAAUGGACCGCGGCCGCUACGUCAAG